CGGUGUCCGGCUCGCCCAGUGGGUCCCGCGACGUCCCUGCUGGACAGUCUCGGCGUCUUCUCUUGCCUCCGGGCAGAGGAGCCCGGACAAGCGGCGAUGGAACGGAGGCGGCAGAGGAGGGCGCGGGGCUGCGUGCGCUCUGCUCCGGGGUCGGCCCCCGAGUCCCGCUCGGCCGCGACCGGCUCCGCGCAGCCGCCCCGCGCGCAGCUCUGGCUGUUCCCCGGCGCCGCGGGCCUGCACGACGCGCUGCUCGCGAGGGCCCAGGCGACGCGCCAGAUCUGCUGCUCCCGGGGCCGCCUGGCGGUGCUGGAGCGCGGUGGGGCCGGCGUCCAGGUCCACCCGGGGAGCAACGGCGCCGGGAAGCCCAAACACCUUAAGUUAGAAAAAAAAAUGAAGAUACAUUCCAUGGACCAAGGAAGAGAGCACUUGUUGGUUUUAUCUUCCAAUGGAAGACCAUUUGAGUACAACUACAGCAUAGAACAUCCAAGGUUUCAAAGAAUUUUGCAAGAAAAAAGUAUAAUUCAGAUCACAUGUGGAGAUUAUCAUUCUCUUGCACUCUCAAAAGGUGGUGAGCUUUUUGCCUGGGGACAGAACCUGCAUGGCCAGCUCGGACUUGGAACGGUGUUUCUCUCAACCCCAACACCACAGAGGGUGGAGACCCUGGCAGGAGUCCCCUUGGUUCAGAUUUCUGCAGGAGAAGCCCACAGCAUGGCCUUAUCCAUGUCUGGAAACAUUUACUCCUGGGGAAAAAAUGAAUUUGGACAACUAGGCCUGGGCCACACCAUGGGCGAAGCUUCUCCUUCCCUUAUUGAAGCACUGGCCGAUCAGAGAGUGGAAUUUCUCACUUGCGGUGGCUCUCACACUGCCCUGCUCACAGAGGAUGGGCUGGUGUUUACUUUUGGUGCUGGAAACUAUGGGCAACUUGGUCACAGUGCCACACAGAAUGAGCUAAGACCCCGUUUGGUGACUGAGCUCACUGGGAAAAGGGUGACCCAGAUAGCAUGUGGAAGGUGGCACACACUUGCCUAUGUUUCUGAUUUGGGAAAGGUCUUUUCCUUUGGUUCUGGAAAAGAGGGACAACUGGGAAACAGUGGAACACAAAAUCAGCUGACACCACUUCCCAUGAGAUUAUCACCAAAUGAGGAACUCCAAUUAGAAAGCCACACGUCAGAAAAGGAGUUAAUAAUGAUUGCCGGAGAGAAUCAAAGCAUUCUCCUCUGGAUGGACAAAGAGAAUUCCUAUGUUAAUCUGAGGAGGAAAAUUCCUACACUGAAUGAAGAGACUGUAAAGAGAUGGAUUGCUGACGUCGAGGCUAAACAGUGUCAGAAUACGAAAAGGGAAAUCCAAGAGAUAUUUUCAUCUCCUGCUUGUCUGACUGGAAGUUUUUUAAGGAAAAGAAACACUGUAGAAAUGACGUCUGUUCAUUUGGACUUAAAAAAAGCAAGAAACAUCUUUAAGAAGUUAACCCAAAAGGAUUGGAUUAGUGACAUGAUAACCACCUGUCUGAGGGAUAAUCUGCUCAAAAACCUAACCAUUCAUUCUCCACACCAAGAAGCCUUAGGAAUAUUCUUCCUCCUCCCAGAAUAUCCUGUGAUGCAUGAAGCUAGCAACUCGGGGGGCCUGGUGGUUCAGUUUGCAGAGGCCGUUUGUAGACUGAGCGACCAGUUUGCCUGGAUUCUGGAAGAAUAUUGGGCAACUCUUCAAGAAUCUACUUUCAGAAAACUGAUCCAGAUGUUUAAAGGAGCCUUCAUAUCUCAAUUGUCCUGUGGGAUCAAAACUGCUGAGAAUAAAUGUCAUGUUAAAGCUCUCGUGCAAAUGUUGGAAAAGCUGCACAGGGUAAACCAGACUAGCUGUCAACUACCUGAAAAUAUUUUUGAAGUAGACGAACUCUCUCAUUGCCUCUGUUUUGAAGAAGAAGCAUAUUGGAGGUUCUAUUGCAAAAAUAUCCUGGAGAUUCCAGAUUUGUUCUUACUCAGUCACUUUCCAUUUAUCUUUAAUAUUCUGUCAAAAACAAAACUACUAUAUGCAGACUCAGCGUUUAAAAUACAGUUUGAAAAAAUUAAGGCUGAUAUAAAGUCAGCAAUUGCACCACAAAGAAGAUCUGAAGUACUCCCUUUUCUCCAGCCCACCUUGAAUCUAACAGUCAGAAGGGAUGACUUGGUUGAGGAUGUUUUGAAUCAGCUAAGUCAAUCUGAGAACGAAGACCUGAGAAAGGAAUUGUGGGUUUCAUUUAGUGGAGAAAUUGGCUAUGAUUUAGGAGGAGUCAGGAGAGAGUUCUUCCACUGUCUGUUUGAAAAGAUGACCCAGCCAGAAUAUGGGAUGUUCACAUAUCCUGAAGAAGCUUCCUACAUGUGGUUUCCUGUCAGACCUCAAUACGAGGAGAAGAGAUAUUUCUUCUUUGGGGUUCUGUGUGGACUCUCCGUGUUCAGUUGCAAUGUUGCCAACAUCCCUUUCCCACUGGCACUGUUUAAGAAACUUUUGGGCCAGAUACCAUCAUUGGAAGACUUAAAAGAACUCAGUCCUGUUUUUGGAAAGGGCUUGCAGAUGCUUCUGGAUCAUGAAGAUGAUGACUUUGUAGAAGUAUUUUACAUCCAUUUUAAUGUGCAUUGGGACAGAAAUGACGCAGACUUAGUUCCUAAUGGAAGUCGCAUAACUGUCGACCAGACUAACAAGAGAGACUAUGUUUCUAAGUGUGUUGAUUACGUCUUCAACGUCUCUGUAAAGGCAGUAUAUGAAGAAUUUCAGAGAGGAUUUUAUAAAGUAUGUGACAAGGAGAUUAUCAGUAUUUUCCAUCCUGACCAACUGAAGAACGUGGUUGUUGGAAAUACAGAUUAUGACUGGGAGACAUUUGAAAAGAAGGCACGCUAUGAACAAGGCUACGACAGUUCACAUCCCACCAUACUGAUGUUUUGGGAGGCUUUCCACAAAUUGAAUCUUGAGGAUAAGAAAAAAUUCCUUGUGUUUCUUACAGGAACCGACAGAACACAAAUUAAAGAUUUAAAGACCAUGAAAAUAACUUUUUGGUAUAUUGAAAAUUCGAAUGAAAGUGAUCCCAUGAGAGCGCGCACGUGUUUUAGUAUUCUCUACCUCCCUAAAUAUUCUACUAUGAAAAGAAUGGAAGAAGCACUUCAAGGAGCCAUUGACAACAGCAGAGGAUUUGGCUGAUCCUACAUUAUAUUAUUUCUUUUUGGAAAUACCAUUAAAAAUAAAAUUAAUAACUCAAAACUUAACAUGAUAGUCCCAUUCACUGCUCCUUAGAAUUACUAUCAUUGCAUAUAAGAUGUAUUAGCUAUGAUAUAGAUUAGGCUGUGUCUCUAAGACAAAUAUUUGCAUGAAUUAACCUGAAAAGAGACUCUUUAGUUUAGGAAUAUUUUUUAAAAGACUGCCAUUGUCUACCUAAUGAUCCGUUCCCCUUUCUUUAGAUACAGAUCCCUUAUUUAGUGGAAGUGGUAUUGUGCCAAGUAAAAAAAAAAAAAACAUUUCUCAACCUUCCUUGAAGGCAGGGGCAGGUAGCAAUGAUAUGAGAAAAGCAUUGGGAGAAGGUUCUGAGGCAGCUGUUUAAAGGGAACCUUUUCAAUUGGCUGGAACUGGAACCUUCCUAUUUAUUUUUCACAUAGAACAAUAUUAGCUCUUGUUGCCCUGACUCCACACAAGCUGUCUUUCAUAUGUCUGCCAUAUGAAGACAUAAUAUUCCUCCUCUUCAGAGGAUGCAGAAACAAGGUGCCCAUCUGAACAAGAGACCAAACCUCCAAGUGUCUUGAAGUUGGACUCUGCAGCCCCCAGGACCAUGAGAAGUAAGCGUCUGUUCUUUUUCAAUUACCCAGUGUCAGGUAUUCUGUUAUGGCAGCACAAUAUGUAAUAAGACAGAUUGAUCCUGCACAUAAUAAUAUGUAGAACCUCAAAACUCAAUAAUAAGUAAACACUACAGGGUGUAGUGGCUCACUUCUGUAAUCCCAAUACUUUGGGAGGCUGAGACAGGAGGAUCCCUUGAGCCUAAGAGUCUGAGGCUGCAGUGAGCUGUGAUGACACCACUGCACUCUAGCCCUGUGUAGGGUACUUACCAUGAACAGAGCUUGCUGGGCUGGAAAUUGCUCUGGGUGAGUCAGUGGUGAUGAGUGAAUGUCAAUGCCUAUGAUGUUACUAUAUGCUUCUGUGGACUUAAUAAAUACUGUACACCUAGA